AAUUUGUUUAGGCAGUAGGGAGUUUCUGUUGGGGUCUGGAUUGGAGUUACGCACAGACCGGACCCUGCCCUGUAUGAGUGGUGUCUGAGGAGGAAAAAGAGGAUCUCCCCCUGCCACAAAGAAUCUACAUGUCUAAUAUUUAGACAUGUUCAGCUUUGUGGAUAUUCGGUUAGCGCUUUUGCUCAGCGCAACGGUGCUUCUGGCGAGAGGUCAAGGCGAGGAUGAUAAGCAAUUUGGCAGCUGCACAUCAGAAGGACAGUCGUACAACGACAAGGAUGUAUGGAAACCAGAACCCUGCCAGAUAUGCGUGUGCGACAUGGGGACCAUCCUGUGCGACGAGGUGAUCUGCGAGGACACUUCUGAUUGUGAAGACCCCUACAUUCCUGACGGAGAGUGCUGCCCCAUCUGCCCUGAUGGAAAUGGUCCUUACACAGAGUCACCGAUUACACCAGUACCCGUUGGACCCGCUGGAGAUCCGGGCCCUCCUGGUCCCCCUGGCAACGAUGGCCUCGAUGGACAGCCUGGCGUCCCUGGACCACCCGGUCCCCCUGGGCCUCCUGGCUUCGGUGGGAAAUUCUCUCCUCAGAUGAGCUACUUCGACCCCUCAAAAUCAAGCAGCCAGCCAAUGCCCGGCCCAAUUGGUGCCCCAGGUGCCCGCGGCCCUCCUGGACCUCCCGGUCACCAGGGUCCUUCUGGUAGCCCAGGACCCGCAGGAGAGCCUGGUGAGCCCGGUGCUUCGGGUCCAAUGGGCCCCCGUGGUCCUGCAGGCCCUCCUGGAAAGAACGGAGACAAUGGUGAGUCUGGUAAACCUGGACGCCCCGGUGAGCGCGGACCUGCUGGCCCUCAGGGUGCUCGUGGGUUCCCUGGAACUCCUGGACUCCCCGGCAUCAAGGGACACAGAGGUUUCCCCGGUAUGGAUGGAUCCAAGGGAGACAGUGGACCUGCUGGUCCUAAGGGAGAGCCUGGUGUUCCUGGAGAGAACGGCAUCCCUGGCGCCAUGGGUGCUCGUGGUCUUCCUGGUGAGAGAGGCCGCCCCGGACCUGCUGGACCCUCUGGUGCUCGUGGUAACGAUGGCAACACCGGACCCGCUGGUCCUCCUGGACCUACCGGACCUGCUGGACCCCCUGGAUUCCCAGGUGGCGCCGGUGCUAAGGGUGAGACUGGUCCUGCAGGAGGUCGUGGACCUGAGGGACCCCAGGGAUCCCGCGGUGAGCCUGGUAACCCAGGACCUGCUGGACCCACUGGACCUGCUGGCAAUCCUGGAUCCGAUGGUCAGCCUGGUGGUAAAGGUGCUAAUGGUGCUCCUGGUAUUGCUGGUGCUCCUGGUUUCCCCGGCACUCGUGGUCCCGCUGGAGCUCAGGGAGGCGCUGGUGCUCCUGGCCCCAAGGGUAACAAUGGUGAGCCUGGUCCUCCUGGUCCUAAGGGAGAGCCCGGUGCCAAGGGUGAGACUGGCCCAGCUGGACUUCAGGGACUCCCUGGCCCCUCUGGAGAGGAGGGAAAGAGAGGACCUCGUGGAGAGCCUGGUGGUGCCGGAGCCCGUGGACCCGCUGGAGAGCGUGGCGCUCCUGGUGCUCGUGGGUUCCCUGGUUCUGAUGGAGCUGCUGGUGGAAAGGGCACCCCAGGUGAGCGUGGUGCCCCCGGACCAAUGGGACCUCAGGGAGCCACCGGUGAAGCCGGAACCCCUGGCGCUCCUGGUGCUCCCGGAUCAAAGGGUGUGACUGGAAGCCCUGGAAGCCCCGGCCCUGACGGCAAAGUCGGACCUUCUGGUGCUCCUGGACAAGAUGGCCGCAGUGGCCCUCCUGGACCCGCUGGAUCCAGAGGACAACCUGGAGUCAUGGGAUUCCCCGGACUGAAGGGAGCCCCUGGCGAGUCUGGUAAAACUGGUGAGAGAGGUCCCGCUGGAGCUACCGGCCCCGUUGGUGCUCCUGGCAAAGAUGGUGAUGUUGGUGCUCCUGGACCUUCUGGCCCUGCUGGACCUGCUGGAGAGAAGGGAGAACAGGGACCUGCUGGUGCUCCAGGAUUCCAGGGUCUUCCUGGACCUCAAGGAGCAACUGGUGAGACUGGCAAGAUUGGUGAGCAGGGAGUUCCUGGUGAAGCCGGACCACCCGGCCCAUCUGGACCCAGAGGUGACAGAGGCUUCCCCGGCGAGCGCGGUGGUUCCGGCCCUCCUGGUCCACAAGGACCUCGUGGAUCCCCUGGUGCUUCCGGUAAUGAUGGACCAAGGGGAGAGCCUGGUGCUGCCGGCGCCCCCGGUGCUGCAGGAUCCCCUGGUAUGCAGGGAAUGCCUGGAGAGCGAGGAUCUGCUGGUAUGCCUGGACCCAAGGGAGAGAGAGGAGACCCUGGCGGUAAAGGUGCUGAUGGUGCUUCUGGCAAAGAUGGCGUGCGUGGUCCAACCGGUGCUAUUGGGGUUCCUGGACCUCCUGGUGCCCAGGGUGAGAAGGGUGAGCAGGGUCCUGCUGGAAUCGUCGGACCCUCCGGUCCUCGUGGCUCCCCAGGUGAGCGUGGAGAGAAUGGACCUGCCGGACCUGCUGGAUUCGCUGGAGCCCCUGGUGCUGAUGGUCAGCCUGGUGCCAAGGGAGAAAGCGGUGACUCCGGACCCAAAGGAGAUGCUGGUCCUGCUGGACCUCCUGGACCCGUCGGAGCUGCUGGUCCUCAGGGACCCGCUGGCGCUACUGGACCUAAAGGUGCUCGUGGUGGUUCUGGACCUCCUGGUGCUACCGGUUUCCCUGGACCUGCCGGCAGAGUUGGACCCCCUGGCCCCGCUGGAGCCUCUGGACCCCCUGGACCUGUUGGACCCGUCGGAAAGGAUGGACCCAGAGGAGCUCGGGGUGAGACUGGCCCUGCUGGUCGCCCUGGUGAGGUUGGUGCUAUUGGACCUCCAGGCCUCAGCGGAGAGAAGGGAUCCCCCGGCUCUGAUGGAGCUCCUGGCGCCCCUGGUAUUUCAGGACCCCAGGGUAUUGCUGGACAGCGUGGUAUUGUAGGUGCCCCUGGGCAGCGUGGAGAGCGCGGUCCUUCCGGCAUGCCUGGAACAUCCGGUGAGCCCGGAAAGCAGGGACCUCCUGGCCUGGUUGGUGAGCGUGGACCCCCUGGACCCUCUGGACCCGCUGGACUGCCUGGUGCCCCUGGAGAGGCUGGUCGUGAGGGAUCCCCUGGCCAUGAUGGUGCUCCUGGUCGUGACGGAUCUCCUGGCCCCAAGGGAGACCGUGGAGAGAGCGGUGCAGCCGGACCCCCUGGACCUCCUGGUGCUCCUGGAGCCCCUGGAGCUGUUGGCCCCUCUGGCAAAACUGGUGACCGUGGAGAGAGUGGUCCUGCUGGUGCCGUCGGUCCAUCUGGCAUGGCCGGACCCCGUGGUCCUGCUGGCCCUGCUGGUGCUAAGGGAGACAGAGGAGAGGCCGGUGAGGCUGGAGAGAGAGGCCACAAAGGACACAGAGGACUCAGCGGUCAGCCUGGUAUGCCCGGACCUCCAGGACCUCAUGGAGACAGAGGACCUGCUGGUGCCAACGGACCUGCUGGACCCAGAGGACCUUCUGGAAACCAUGGUUCCCCUGGUAAGGACGGCAUGAACGGUAUGCCUGGACCCAUCGGACCCCCUGGACCUCGUGGUCGCAACGGAGAGAUGGGAGCCUCUGGUCCCCCUGGACCUCCAGGUCCCCCCGGACCUCCUGGACCCCCUGGCAGCGCCUUUGAAUUCGUCGCCCCACCCAGGCAGGAGAAGGCCCCCGAUCCUCUCCGUGGUGGCUACCGUGCCGACGACCCCAACAUGAUGCGCGAUCGUGACAUGGAGGUCGACACCACCCUGAAGACCCUGACCCAGAAGGUUGAGAAGAUCCGCAGCCCCGAUGGUUCCCAGAAGAGCCCUGCUCGUAUGUGCCGCGACCUGAGGAUGUCCCACCCUGAAUGGAAGAGCGGCGCAUAUUGGGUUGACCCCAACCAGGGCUCCCGUCUAGAUGCCAUCAAGGUCCACUGCAACAUGGAGACUGGAGAGACCUGCGUCUACCCCCUGGAUUCCUCCAUCCCCAUGAAGAACUGGUACCUCAGCAAGAACAUCAGAGAGAAGAAGCACGUCUGGUUCAGCGAGUCCAUGACCGGUGGAUUCCAGUUCCAGUAUGGCAGUGAAGGUGCUGAUCCAGAGGACGUCAACAUCCAGAUCUCCUUCAUGCGCAUCAUGUCAAACCAGGCCUCACAGAACGUGACAUAUCACUGCAAGAACAGCAUUGCCUACAUGGAUUCUGCCACAGGCAACCUGAAGAAGGCCCUGCUUCUCCAGGGCUCCAACGACGUGGAAAUCAGAGCCGAGGGCAACAGCCGCUUCACAUACAGCGUCAGCGAGGAUGGCUGCACGUCACACACUGGCACAUGGGGCAAGACAGUCAUCGACUACAAGACAUCGAAAACAUCCCGACUGCCCAUCAUUGACAUUGCUCCUAUGGAUGUUGGUGCACCUGAUCAGGAAUUUGGCGUCGAAGUUGGCCCUGUUUGCUUCUUGUAAAAAAACCCAAAAACAAACAAAAAAAAUGAAAGAAACAUGGACAUGAAAUUGUUGUUUUUUUCUAACAGCCAUCUCUGAAACCUUUUUUUUUUUCUAUGCAAUCAAAACUCAUUUGGCCACCAUUGGUCCACAAUGCUUAAAAACCACUCCACUCAAGACGGUGUCUGCGUUUUUUUCCCCCCAAUCAUGAGACGCUUUUUGGGACUGCUACUUCACCUGAAAAAAAUCAACCACAAGGACACUCAGAAUAAAUCCCUUCGAUUCCACUGGCAACAACAAAAUAAUGUACGUAUGUGUAAAAUUUCCCCAAAGGAAAUGAUUCAAAAUAGAAAUAAAGAAAAAAAAAUAAUCAGGUAAAUUUUUUUUACCUAUUUUCCACCGCUCCAGAAGGACUUUGAAAACAACAAAUGAUAUGUACCAUUUUUCUGGUGUUAAAUAAAUUGUAAAAAGUGUGAAGUGUCUUGUUGAUCUAAAUACAUAAGAAAAACACCUGAACUUUGGACCAACAAAAGAACAAGGCAACUAAGCUCACCUUCACAGCAAUAUAUAGAUGGCUACCUCAUUUACCCCCAAUAUUUCUUUAAAAAGCCACUUGGGGAACAUUGAACAAUUCAAAGGUGCUAUAACAAAUCGAAUGAGGUCCAGUUAUCAGUAUUUGAUGAUCAAACUCACACUCUCAUACUGUAAUUGUUGCCACUAUUGCCUGCAGAACUCUGGUGCUACUAAAUUCACUCAUUGUCUUGUUUUCUAUGCAGUGCAAUUGUUUUCUUCUUUAACUGUUGGUUUGAUAACAGAGGCGAUUGCUGCAGAUGUGAUGCAUGCAUUCGUGUUUUUGUAGAUAAGAGCGAGUGAAUUCCCUGCCCACGUGUUCAGUGUUUGCCCCUCCUGUGGAAAAAAAAACUUCUUAAAUACUCCUGAAACCCCUCCCGCACAAGAACAACACAUCUCCCCGGUUGUUUAUGUUUCAUUGAUGUCUUUUUUUGCAGAGUUUCUUCAAAUGGAAAUAGAAGCAGACACACUUUCAUGGUUUCAAGGAGAGGUUCUGUACUUAUUUUGUACAUGUAUAAUAAAUCAAGAUGUUUUUAAUUAUUUUGGGUGCUGAAAUAAAGCAUGUGAAGUGGUCUACU